AUGACAACAACAACAGCAAGUACAUCAUCGACUUUACCUGAUAAGGAUCAAAUUCGUGUACAUGUUCGACGUGAUGGUUCGAUUGAAAGGCAAAGAUUUAAUGGACGAGUUUGGAGACAAUUAUGCAAAUAUGAUGGUGGAGAAGAAUGCCAAGCAUUUGUUGCCUAUAGAAGUCUUUGUGUUGGACAUUAUCAUCAAACAUCAGGUAUAACUGUUAAUGAAUCAAAGCGUAGACAAUUAAUUCAGCAAUCAACAACUGCUGCUGCAUCAUCAAAAGCAACAACAGCGACGGCGAUACCAUCAAAACUUCGAUAUUCUAUUGAAACACCUUUAGCUCUUGGUCUUAAAAAUUGGCGACGAAAAACGACACAACCAAAUUCAUUUACAUUAAUAAGUAAACAAGCGUCGCAAAUAACUUCUACAAAUCUAAUCAACAUUAAUAGUAAUAAACGUCGAAAGUCAGAUGAGUGGGUUCUUCUUAAACGAUGCCGAUAUGAUUCCAAUCAAAAUAUGCCACCUGUUCAAUCGAUUUUACCUAAUAUCUCGUCAACAUCUAUAGACGAAUCAGCUGCAACAUCCGAUUGUAAUCAAGCAUGUUCAUCUGCUACUUCCACAGAUAUUCAUGUAGAUGAUUAUACUUCAGCUCAAAAGUCAAUCGCAAUAACAGCUUCUCGUCUAACUGAUGAGCAAAUGGAUCACCUUGAUCAAUUUCUUCAACGCUUCAAUAUUCGUUAUUCAGAAGAAAUUGAUGAAAAAACAACACAUUUAAUAACUGAUGAUACAACGAUUCCAUUUGUUUGUGCUUUAUCAUCAAAAGUUGUUCACGCCUUAGCACGUCAUCUCACUGUUUUAUCAAUACGUUGGGCCGAUGAAUGUCUUCACUGUGAUAAACUUUUACUAGAUGAAUUAGCUUUACAAUUUGAAAUACGUGGUGAUUUAACAUGUUCGACGAUGUAUCAUGGUGGUAUGCAGCGUUCACGUCUGAUUCCACGACGACAUUCAUUAUUUUCUAAACAUAUAUUUAUGUUGAAAUGUGAUGGCGUACAAAAUUUAAUGAAUAAUCAAGAAUUGCGUACAUUAAUAACGUUAUGUGGUGGUCAUACAUGUUCAUCGUUGCGUACAGAUCAAGUAACACGAUGGACAGCACAAGGUAAAAUGAUUGUUGUUCUUUGCGAACAAUCAUAUGUUCAAGAACGUCAAGAUAAAUAUUGGAAAUGCGCUGAAUUAGGUAUAAGAUUUUGUUCGCCUGAAUUUGUUAUAGAAUCGAUUGCUCAAUAUCAGGUGCAAGAUUAUGCCAUUUAUGAAGAAGAACCUCAACAAAAUGAAGAUCAUAAUGAUGACGAUGAAGAACAAUAA